UAUGAAUAAAAGUUUUCUUAAAGGUUGGAAUAAAAAUGAAAUGACAAAAAAAGUGCGGAAAUGGACUGUUGAUUUGUGGAAACUAUGGGAAGAUAGAUUUGAUAGACCUUAUUGUUAUAUAAUUGGUAGCGGAACAGAAUUGUUAGAUUUGAAAAAACUUGACGUAAAAUUGCCAGCUUUUAUUUACCGUAUGCUUGAUUCAAUUGAAAAUUUAAAAUCUAAAGAUUUUGCUAAUAAAUACACAAACAACGAGCUUGGAGAUGCUUUCUUUUUUGACGAUUUACAGGUUUUAAACAUAAAUCGUAUAUGA